UUGCAAAUUGCAUUAUAUUAAGACUAUAUAAAAUUGGUUCAUCUUCUCAUACAUGAUUUUUUUUCCCUUAAGACAAAUAUGGUCUCUUUAGAAGGCCUUACCAAAGUAGUUGAUCCUUCUCAGCUCACUCCCGAGUUUGAUGGCUGCCUGGAAUACAACCAUGAAGAAUGGAUUGAAAUCAGAGUUGCUUUUGAGGACUACAUUAGCAACGCAACCCACAUGCUGUCUCGGCUGGAGGAACUGCAAGACAUCCUUGCAAAGAAGGAGCUGCCUCAGGAUUUGGAGGGAGCUCGGAACAUGAUCGAGGAACACUCCCAGCUGAAGAAGAAGGUGAUUAAGGCCCCCAUUGAGGACUUGGAUCUGGAGGGACAGAAGCUGCUUCAGAGGAUUCAGAGCAGUGACAGUUUUCCCAAGAAGAACUCGGGCUCAGGCAACGCGGACCUGCAAAGCCUCUUGCCCAGGGUGUCUGCCACGCUGGACAGGCUGCACUCAACGCGGCAGCACCUGCACCAGAUGUGGCACGUACGCAAGCUAAAGCUGGACCAGUGCUUCCAGCUGAGGCUGUUUGAGCAAGAUGCAGAGAAGAUGUUUGACUGGAUCACACACAACAAAGGCCUGUUUCUAAACAGCUACACGGAGAUUGGGACCAGCCACCCGCAUGCAAUGGAGCUUCAGACGCAGCACAAUCACUUUGCUAUGAACUGUAUGAAUGUGUAUGUAAAUAUAAACCGCAUAAUGUCGGUGGCAAAUCGCUUGGUGGAGUCUGGCCACUACGCCUCUCAGCAGAUCAAACAGAUUGCGAAUCAGCUGGAGCAGGAGUGGAAGGCGUUUGCGGCAGCCCUGGACGAGCGGAGCACCUUGCUGGACAUGUCCUCCAUCUUCCACCAGAAGGCUGAAAAGUAUAUGAGCAACGUGGAUUCAUGGUGUAAAGCCUGUGGUGAGGUUGACCUUCCCUCGGAGCUGCAGGAUCUAGAAGAUGCCAUUCACCACCACCAGGGAAUAUACGAACAUAUCACUCUUGCUUAUUCUGAGGUGAGCCAGGAUGGGAAGUCACUCCUUGAUAAGCUCCAGCGGCCCUUGACUCCCGGCAGCUCUGAUUCCCUAACGGCCUCUGCCAACUACUCCAAAGCCGUGCACCAUGUCCUAGAUGUCAUCCACGAAGUGCUGCACCACCAGCGGCAGCUGGAGAAUAUCUGGCAGCACCGCAAGGUCCGGCUCCACCAGAGGCUGCAGCUGUGUGUCUUCCAGCAGGACGUGCAGCAGGUGCUGGACUGGAUCGAGAACCAUGGAGAAGCAUUUCUGAGCAAACAUACAGGAGUGGGGAAGUCUCUUCAUCGGGCCCGAGCUUUGCAGAAACGUCACGAAGAUUUUGAAGAAGUAGCACAGAACACUUAUACCAACGCAGAUAAGUUACUAGAAGCAGCAGAACAGUUGGCUCAGACUGGAGAAUGUGACCCAGAAGAGAUUUAUCAGGCUGCCCAUCAGCUCGAAGACCGGAUACAAGAUUUCGUUCGCCGUGUUGAGCAGCGAAAGAUCUUACUGGACAUGUCAGUGUCCUUUCACACCCAUGUAAAGGAGCUGUGGACAUGGCUGGAGGAGCUGCAGAAGGAGCUGCUGGACGACGUGUAUGCCGAGUCAGUGGAGGCCGUGCAGGAUCUCAUCAAGCGCUUUGGCCAGCAGCAGCAGACGACCCUGCAGGUGACCGUGAACGUGAUCAAGGAAGGGGAGGACCUCAUCCAGCAGCUGAGGGACUCCGCCAUCUCCAGCAACAAGACGCCCCACAACAGCUCCAUCAACCACAUUGAAACGGUGCUGCAGCAGCUGGACGAGGCCCAGUCGCAGAUGGAGGAACUCUUCCAGGAGCGCAAGAUCAAGCUGGAGCUCUUCCUGCAGCUGCGCAUCUUCGAGAGGGAUGCCAUCGAUAUCAUCUCAGACCUUGAGUCUUGGAAUGAUGAGCUUUCUCAGCAAAUGAACGACUUUGACACAGAGGAUCUCACAAUCGCCGAGCAGCGCCUCCAGCACCAUGCAGACAAAGCCUUGACCAUGAAUAACUUGACUUUCGAUGUCAUCCACCAAGGGCAAGACCUUUUGCAGUAUGUCAAUGAAGUACAGGCCUCUGGUGUGGAGCUGCUUUGUGACAGAGAUGUAGAUAUGGCAACUCGGGUCCAGGACCUGUUGGAGUUUCUUCAUGAAAAACAGCAGGAAUUGGACCUAGCUGCAGAGCAGCACCGGAAGCACCUGGAGCAGUGUGUACAGCUGCGCCACCUGCAGGCAGAGGUGAAGCAGGUGCUGGGAUGGAUCCGCAAUGGAGAGUCCAUGUUAAAUGCAGGCCUAAUUACAGCCAGCUCGUUGCAAGAGGCAGAGCAGCUCCAGAGAGAGCAUGAGCAGUUCCAGCAUGCCAUCGAGAAAACACACCAGAGUGCGCUGCAGGUGCAGCAGAAGGCUGAGGCCAUGCUGCAGGCCAAUCACUACGACAUGGACAUGAUCCGAGACUGUGCCGAGAAGGUGGCCUCACACUGGCAGCAGCUCAUGCUCAAGAUGGAAGACCGCCUCAAGCUCGUCAACGCCUCCGUCGCCUUCUACAAGACCUCUGAGCAGGUCUGCAGUGUCCUAGAGAGCCUAGAACAAGAGUACAAGAGAGAAGAAGACUGGUGUGGUGGAGCCGACAAGCUGGGCCCCAAUUCUGAGACGGACCAUGUCACCCCGAUGAUCAGCAAGCACCUUGAGCAGAAGGAAGCUUUCCUGAAGGCUUGCACGCUUGCUAGGAGGAAUGCCGAUGUCUUCCUGAAAUACCUGCACAGGAAUAGUGUGAACAUGCCAGGAAUGGUGACGCACAUCAAAGCACCAGAGCAGCAAGUAAAAAACAUCUUGAAUGAACUCUUCCAGCGGGAGAACAGGGUAUUGCAUUAUUGGACCAUGAGGAAGCGACGGCUCGACCAGUGCCAGCAGUACGUGGUCUUUGAGAGGAGCGCCAAGCAGGCUUUGGAAUGGAUCCAUGACAACGGGGAGUUCUACCUUUCCACACACACCUCGACAGGUUCGAGCAUCCAGCACACGCAGGAGCUGCUAAAAGAGCAUGAGGAGUUCCAGAUAACGGCAAAGCAAACCAAAGAGAGAGUGAAGCUAUUGAUACAGCUGGCUGAUGGCUUUUGUGAAAAAGGGCAUGCACAUGCAGCAGAGAUAAAAAAAUGUGUUACCGCAGUGGAUAAGAGGUACAGAGAUUUUUCUCUGCGGAUGGAGAAGUACAGGACCUCUUUGGAGAAAGCCCUGGGGAUUUCUUCAGAUUCCAACAAAUCGAGUAAAAGUCUUCAGCUAGAUAUCAUUCCAGCCAGUAUCCCUGGGUCAGAGGUGAAACUUCGAGAUGCUGCUCAUGAACUUAAUGAAGAGAAACGGAAAUCUGCCCGCAGGAAAGAGUUCAUAAUGGCUGAGCUGAUUCAAACUGAAAAGGCUUAUGUAAGAGACCUCCGGGAGUGUAUGGAUACCUACCUGUGGGAAAUGACCAGCGGUGUGGAGGAGAUCCCACCAGGCAUUGUAAACAAAGAGCUCAUUAUCUUUGGAAACAUGCAGGAAAUCUAUGAGUUUCAUAAUAACAUAUUCCUAAAGGAGCUGGAAAAAUAUGAGCAGUUGCCAGAGGACGUUGGACACUGCUUUGUCACUUGGGCAGACAAGUUUCAGAUGUAUGUCACAUAUUGCAAAAAUAAGCCUGAUUCUACACAGCUGAUUUUGGAACACGCAGGGUCCUACUUUGAUGAGAUACAGCAACGGCAUGGAUUAGCCAAUUCCAUCUCUUCCUACCUUAUUAAACCAGUUCAGCGAAUAACAAAGUAUCAGCUCCUAUUAAAAGAGCUGCUCACGUGCUGUGAGGAAGGAAAGGGGGAGAUAAAGGAUGGCCUGGAAGUGAUGCUCAGCGUGCCCAAGCGAGCCAAUGAUGCCAUGCACCUCAGCAUGCUGGAAGGAUUUGAUGAAAACAUUGAGUCUCAGGGAGAACUCAUCCUGCAGGAAUCCUUCCAAGUGUGGGACCCAAAAACCUUAAUUCGGAAGGGUCGAGAACGGCAUCUCUUUCUUUUUGAAAUGUCCUUAGUAUUUAGUAAAGAAGUGAAAGAUUCCAGUGGGAGAAGCAAGUACCUUUACAAAAGCAAAUUGUUUACCUCAGAGUUGGGUGUCACGGAACACGUUGAAGGAGAUCCUUGCAAAUUUGCACUGUGGGUCGGGAGGACACCCACUUCGGAUAAUAAAAUUGUCCUUAAGGCUUCCAGUAUAGAGAACAAACAGGACUGGAUAAAGCACAUCCGCGAGGUGAUACAGGAGAGGACCGUCCACCUGAAAGGAGCCCUGAAGGAGCCCAUCCACAUCCCCAAAACAGCCCCGGCCACAAGACAGAAGGGGCGGAGGGAUGGAGAGGAUCUGGACAGCCAAGGGGAUGGUAGCAGCCAGCCCGAUACGAUUUCCAUCGCCUCUCGGACGUCUCAGAACACACUGGACAGCGAUAAGCUCUCUGGUGGCUGCGAGCUGACGGUGGUGAUCCACGACUUCACAGCUUGCAACAGCAACGAGCUGACCAUCCGCCGUGGCCAGACUGUGGAGGUUUUGGAGCGACCGCAUGACAAGCCUGAUUGGUGUCUGGUGCGAACCACUGACCGGUCCCCUGCGGCAGAAGGCCUGGUCCCCUGCGGCUCCCUAUGCAUUGCCCACUCCAGAAGUAGCAUGGAGAUGGAGGGCAUCUUCAACCACAAAG